AUGGAGGACGCAAGCACCACGAACGAGCACGAGGUGGAGAAGCCGAAGAAGGACACGGGGAAGGAGCGGGAGGACGCUCCGCCGGCGGUCUCGACGGGAGCGAAGCGGGAACGGGAGAAGGACGACCUGCGGCCCCCUCCAGCGAAGAAGUCUGCCUCUUCUGUUCCUCCGACAUCUACCUCAUCUGCCGCCGCCUCGCAGCCGAAACGGUCCGCCUCGCCCGGCGUCUCUCGCAAAUCGAAGCCGGCACAAAACGACGCGGCUCAGUCUGCAUCGCCGUCUGCGCCUGGCCCUGCGCCCUCCAAGUUCCGCAUCACCAUGACCACCAAGACUGUCUCGACCUCCGUUCCGCUUCAAUCUCCCUCCGCCGGUCCUGUUGUCUCCGCCGCCCAAGCUGCGGCAGAUAAGCGGCGACGCGGCUCCGGCGACUCGAACCAGUCGAAGGAGGGUGGAGGCGAGCGAUUGAUGAAGGUAAAGACGGAGACGGCCGAGUCUGGGUUGUCGUCGUCGAGCGGCUCGACGCUGAAGAAGAACGGCGUGACUGCGCCGAAGAGCCCGCUGAAAACGCCGGCGACGCUGAAGGAGAUCGACAUGCGCGGCGUCAAGGUGAUUGGGAGCGAGGACGGACGGGUAGUCAAGCUGAUGGGUCACACGGUCGCGAAGAUCCAGCCGUGCUCCUUCAACUCGAAGGUCCCCUCCCUCCUCGCGACGGGCGCUGCCGACUCCACCUGUCGCAUCUGGGACGUCCCCUCGCCACCCUCCUCUUCCGCAGCCCAGACGAUCGUCUCCGACCCCAUCGUCUGCAAGCACGCCUCCGCACAGCGACGAUGCGACAUCACCUGCGUCGCCUGGAAUCCGUCCGGCUCGCUUCUCGCGACCGCUUCUGAAGACGGAGUCGGCCGGAUUUGGACGCCGUCCGGCGACCUCUACCUCGUCUUGUCGAUGCACCAGCGCUCGAUCUGCUCGCUCAAGUGGAAUCCGUCCGGCACCGGUCUCUUGACGAGCUCGCUCGAUCAGACCGUCUGCCUGUGGGACCCGAGCAACGGAAAGGUCCGGCAGCAGUACUCGACGCACUCGGACGCUGUGCUUGACGUCGACUGGAACGACGACACGACGUGGGUGAGCGCGAGCAUGGACAAGCAGGUUCACCUGAUGUCGACGACUCGCCCUACUCCUCUUCACCGCUUCAAAGGCCACCGCGACGAAGUCAACGGCGUCAAGUUCUCUCCUUGCGGCACGCUCAUCGCCUCCUGCUCGGACGAUACGACCAUCCGCGUUUGGUCACUUCGCAACAUUCCAGCCGUUGCACGUGACAUCGCUGCAAGGAAGGUCAAGCAAGGAGACGAGGAGCGGAUGAUCGACAUGGACGAAGAGGAUGGGGGAGGAGGAGGCUGCUUCGUGCUCGAAGGGCACGAGAGCGACGUGCAUCAAAUCGCUUGGCAUCCCGAGGCCGGCAAGGAGGGCAAUGACGGGCCACGCCUUCUCGCAUCCUGCUCCUUCGACCAAACUGCUCGACUCUGGGACGCCGAUACCGGCACCUGUCUCUACACCUUCGCACGCGCCACCGACUUUGUCUACUCGGUCGCUUUCGAGCCGACCAAGGGUCGGUACCUCGCGACCGGCAGCAACGACAACAAGCUCGACGUCUGGCGGGUCAAGGACCGCGCUCUCGUUUCAGAGUACACGCACCCUAGCUCGAUCUACGAGAUUGCAUGGCACCCUCACGGACAGCAGAUUGCGGUCUGCGGCGGAACGUUGGAGGUCGCGGUUGUCAGCGUCGAGGAGGGACAAGUGAGCAAGUAG